AUGGCGUCCAUCCCGAAAUUGAACGCAGAGGAGACCUUCACUCUCAUCACGCGCGACCUCGAUGAAGUCUUGGGCGCAGACAACCUCAAGGCCCUCAUCGCCAAGAACGACAGACCGCUGCGAGCCUACUGGGGAACUGCUCCCACCUCGAGACCGCAUAUAGGCUACUUCGUAGCUCUGACCAAGAUCGCCGAUUUCCUGCAGGCUGGCGUUCAGGUCAAGGUCCUUCUUGCAGACAUCCACGCCUUCCUUGACAACCUCAAGGCACCCAUCGAGCUCGUUCGACAUCGCGUCGACUUCUACCAGCGCAUCCUCAUCUCCGUCUUCAAGGCCAUCGGCGUACCGACCGAGCGCUUGACCUUCGUCGUCGGGUCGAGCUACCAGCUCACUCCCGAGUACACAAUGGACGUCUACCGAACGGCUGCCCUCACGACAGAGCACGACUGCAAAAAGGCGGGAGCAGAAGUCGUCAAGCAAGUUGCCUCGCCCCUCCUCUCCUCGAUGCUCUACCCGGGUCUGCAGGCACUUGACGAGCAAUACCUCGACGUCGACUUCCAAUUCGGCGGUGUUGACCAACGAAAGAUCUUCACAUACGCGGAAGCUCUGCUUCCAAAGCUAGGUUAUGCGAAGCGCAGUCACCUCAUGAACCCGAUGGUGCCUGGCCUCAAGGGCAGCAAGAUGUCAUCGUCUGACCACGGAUCCAAGAUCGACUUCCUCGACCCGGCAGAGAGUGUGCGCAGCAAGAUUAAAUCGGCCGUCUGCGAACCGAAGUCGACGCCUGCGGAUGGCAACGGUGUAUUGGCCUUUGCCAAGGCGGUGCUUUUCCCCGUAUCGAGACUGAGGGCAGAGGCGGCAGGAGGGGAGGGCAUCGCCGAGCCCUUUGUCCCUGCCGAUGCGCCAAAGGGUACACUCUUCACCAUUGCCCUUCCCGAGAAGUUCGGUGGCGGUGUUCUCAACUUCGCCGAGUACAGCGAGCUUGAGCGCGCCUUUGUCGCUGGCGAGGUUCACCCUGCCGACCUCAAGAAGGGAGUGGCGGACGCACUUGUCAAGCUGCUGGCGCCCGUCCAGAAGGCUUUCUUGGGCGACGAGGAGUGGCAGAAGGUGGAGAAGCUGGCAUACCCGCCACCAGAAGAGCCGGAGAAGAAGAAGAAGGCCAAGAAGAUCAACCCGAGACAUCCGCCCAAGGCAGGGGUCACGACUGCGCCUACGGAUGGGCAGGCGGCGGAAGUUAGCAAGGAGGGGGCGGAAGCGUUGGCGAACGGGGUAGAGAAGAUGGGUGUCGACGGGAAGUGA